GUACCUCCAAAUGCUUAGUUACCGCUAUAGCAACAAAAUGGCGGCAUCCUGACGAGAGACGAUUGAGAAAUGAGACUUCAUUGUACCACAACACAUUUUCGGCUUAUAGAUUUGUGACUAGUGAUGAAUAUAAAUACAGGUUGCAAAGAUGUCAAACACAUCCAUGUCCAAAAUUCUGCAAACACCAAAUGGAGAGGAGCCUGCAAUGUUCUUGCAGCGUCCUUCAUCAGGAAGCUCACAAGAUGUGCGGCAUAUUCUUGCACGUUGUUUUCGUGACCUGUAUAUGCGUGAGGCAGUAAGACAAGAGACAGUAGAGAAUCUGAGAACUUCAAAAGGAGGGGACGAUCCUUACCAUGAGCGCUAUGUUGAACGUCUGCAGGGUGUGUACACUGAAUGGCAGACUCGAAUGGAAACAGUUGCCAUGCUUGAGCGACAUAUCAUGCAGGCACAGGCACGUGCUAUGUCUGCUGAUGAACGUGACAUUUACCAAGCCAACAAGAAAUGUGGCCACUACAGUGAUUUGGGUCUGCCUCCACAACGAGCACACUUCAAGUCUUGUAUUGAUAAUCAUCUGCUUCGGGAACAUCAUCUGCUGACUCCUGAAGAUUAUGCUACUGAAGAGCCAGUGCAUGUACCUCUUCCUUCAGGUCCUCCUAUACCUUCCUAUGCAAGGGAAACUUUAUCGUCACAUCAGCAUAGUCAGCAGGAUGAAACAGAGUCACAACCCUUUGAGUCACCUGGCUCCAAAGAAAGCCUAGAAUAUUCCAUAUCUGUCUCAGAAGACUCCCGUGAAAAAGAAUUUGAAGUAGACAAGCCUGUACCUAUGGAGGACAAGUUUCCGGAAAAAUCUGCCUGGAAGACUCACAUGCGUACUGAAGAGCGGGAAGCAGAACGACAGAGUCUAGAAAAUUUACAAGCUAAAGCCAACUUCUUACGCAACGCUCAUUACAUUCCUCCUCUAGCAUCUGGAAAUAAGUCUCUCAUCAAACUACCAAAGCGGCAGCCAAAGGAAAUCAACAUCCAGCGCAAACCGGAGAAACAAGAGGAAGAAGAGGCACCAGUGUUUAUUGCCUCCCCUAAAGUAGUGGUUUUUAAUGACUACAAAGUAGGACAUGUUUAUGAGACUACCCUUGAGCUGAAGAAUGUUUCAACAGUCAUGCGAUCAUGCAGAGUGCUUCCUCCUACCACAUCAUUCUUUUCUGUAGGGCUAGGCCAGUUUCCAGGAAAUGAUGGACUUGUGGCUCCAGGCAUGAGUUGUCUGUAUCCAGUUCGCUUUGCACCAGACUCACUGAAAGAUUAUGAUGACAAAAUCAUCAUCCAGACACAAGCCAGCCAGUCACUGGUCAUCCAUUUACAGGGACGCAGAGAACCUCCAGUCCUCACCUUGCCCUCUAAUUUGGAUGUGGGAUACUGCCUUGUGGCUGGCUUCCAGGUGACGCAGUUUGCCUUGUGUAAUAAAGGAGGGCCUGGUCGCUUCUGUAUCAUGCCACGGACCUCAUGGCCUGCAACUAAUUUCAAGAGUGUGAUGGUAAAUGGAUCUGUGAUUCUUACCCCAUUUGAGAUAAGACCUUCAACAAUUGAGCUAGCCAGUGGACAAACUACAGUGAUAGAGAUUAUGUUCAGACCAACAGCUGUACGGAUCUACACGCAAGAGUUCACAAUUCUUUGUGACAACUGCCAUGCAAAGCACUUUACAUUAAAAGGUGAAGGACAGAUUGUGAAGGUGACCUUGACACAGGUAGAGCGAGGAGAGGAAGAAGCACUUCCAGGAGAAAUGCGUGAUUGUACAGCACAACAUCUCAUCAAGUUUGAUGAUCUAAACCCGUUCACCUACACAGAGCGAGCCAUCUCUGUCAAGAACUGCACGGACGUAGAGCUGCCAUUCCAGUGGAUGGUUUAUAAGCCUCAGAUGCCUAGAGGUCUUCCAGAAAACGCUGCUGCCCCUGAUGGUCUGAUUAUAUCAGAGCAAGAAGAAGACCGUGUACCUGAGCUCAACUCUGUUUUUAGUGUCCACCCAUCACGUGGUUUUCUAAUGCCUGCAGAUACCAUGGAAUUUUUCAUCACCUUUGCCCCACCUGUUGUCAGUGAGUUCCACAGUGUGGUGCACCUUCUCCUUCAGCAAAUGCCAGCGACUAGUCAGGGGGUCAGAAUUGCCAUCAGUGAGGAUGAACAUUCUUCUCCUGAUGAAAAUGAUGAAUUUUAUGCAGAACUCAAUCCUUCUGACCCCCAAGAUUUGAAAUUUUGUGACCUCACAGGCUUGGAAAUAGAGCUGAAGGGCCGCAGUGUUCCUCUGAAUGUUGUGCUACAUCCCUAUGCUUUGUACUUAUCUGGCAGCCAUCUCUUUGGCACAACAGUCAAAAAACUUUUUACUAUGGCCAACCAUAGCUUCUCUACCAUAAACUUCCAAUGGGAGGCAGUGCAUGACUCACAAAUAAUUUUGGAAGUGGAACCACCCUAUGGUGAACUUGACCCUGGCAUGGCAAUGGAUCUGGAAGUGAGCAUCACAGGCUGUGCACCUGGCCACAUCAGUCAGACAUUGUACUGCUCAGUGCUCAAUCUUGAUGAGCCUUUGCAUUUGCACAUUGAAGCUGACAUCAAGGGCCCAGAGGUAACCAUUGAUGAACCACACCUGAACUUUGGCCUUGUACGUCUGGGGGAUACAGUGGCCAAGGAGUUGACACUCACCAAUAUGGUGCAGCUUACCACAAAGUGGACACUGAAGGAUAUGCCUCAUCUACAGUCAGAAUCCAUGAUAGAAGCUUCGAAAGCCAGUGAAUUCACCUUUAUACCUAACUCUGGAGAGUUGCGACCCUUAGAGGAGACAAAAGUUACAGUAGUAUACAAACCAACUGACACGAAGACUGUACAGAAUACUUUUCUCCUGGAAGUGGAAAAUGGUGGCACAGUAGCACUGGGUGUCUGCGCAGAAGUGCAGAAGCCUGUUGUAUGUCUGCUGGCUUGUAACAUCCUCCUUCCAGAGGUUUAUGUGGGUGUCCCUGCUGAAUUCACUGCUGUUAUCCACAACCAGACACUUUUGCCUUCAAAGUUUGCUUGGGAUGCACCAGAGGGAUCUCAUGCUAGUGACUGCAUCAUCAAUAUUAGGGAGCCUAGAGGUUUGCUGACAGAGCGGGAGCAACGUGUUUUGUCAUUCAGUUUCUGCGCACAACGAGAGGGAGACUUCAGUGAAGUGCGGAUUCCAUGUUUUAUUGAGGGUCAGGAGGAACCUCUUUUCCUGAACAUCAGCUGCACAGUCUUGGGCCUGUCAGUGAGAUACAGAACUUGUACUGAUGGCUUGCUGAUCAGGGAUGACUGCUUCUUAAAUAUUGAGGAUAUGACACUGGGUCAGUCAAAGACAUUUUACUUGCACAUCUGCAACCAGACAGCGAUAACAGCUGACUUCUCUUUGGUGAUGGAAAAGUUUCCUGCUGUAGUUCCAUCACCGCCACAGUUCAACCAUCCUGGACAUUCUGACAGCAAAGGAAGACCUUCUCUUAUACGAACACCUAAUCUGGCAGAUCCAUUGAGCAAGAUGCCUGUCAAGUCUAUGGCUGAUAUGAAAAGGACUGUACUUGGUCUAAAAAGAGGACUUGCCUUCCUUCUUCAGCCUUCUUCAGGCACACUAACACCAUUCAGUGAACAGAUCAUUGCCGUCACUGCUUUUUCAAACAUGUGGGGUCACUACUGUGACAACAUUAUUUGCAAGGUAGGUGAGUUGGAUCCUACCUAUAUACCUGUAAACAUCAACAUCACAGGGUGUCCGCUUAACUUCCAGAUGACUGCUGCUAAUCCUGAUCAAAAAACUACACUCAGAUAUGGCACUCUAGUGGCAGGUGUGGCUCCAGUGACUCGCUUUAUGCAGAUCAAUAAUAUUAGCCCAUAUGAUGUGCGGCUUGACUGGAAGGUGUUUAACUGUUUCUCAAAUGAUGAGAAGCUUUUGGACUUAGUUGUGUGCUAUGGCAGAGCUUUUCCCCAACGAGAUGCUUAUGGUAAUGAAGUUGUACCUUCUGUGACAGAUGCAGGACCAGCCAUUCCCACAAGAGAACCAUCUGACUAUGCACCAGGUUCAGCAGAAACUAAAUCCCAGGAAUUUUCAUAUGAUGCUACAGUCAGUGCUGACAGUCAGGACAGUGUGAGAAGCAAUGGGAAUACAGAGCAGUCCUUCAGAGAUCGUCCUAAACUGAUCUCUCUCUUCCUCAGGCCACAUGAUGGUGUGGAGGGCUUGAAGCCAUUCACCAUCAGCCCUUCUCAGCUGGUAAUUCCAGCUUAUAACCACAAAGGAGUGCACAUGAUCUUCACACCUCCACCUGUUGAAGAAGUGACAGAGCCCACUGACUGCAUCAGUUAUGCCAUGGGUUUUAUGAGCCUGGACAGCAUGAACGCAAAUAUACCUGGCACAGUAGAGAGAUCGGAAGGAUAUUUAGCAGCAACUCUUAGAGUGGACUUUACAGCUCAUGUCAAACCUGCUUUACUGACUGUUGAAGAGGCUGAUGAGGAUGGCAUGUAUUACUGUGCAGCAAUGAGCGACAUUCUUGAUGGAGAAAAAGUUAUGUCUGAGUUCCUGCACACUUGCAGUGUCAAGCUGUCAAAUACAACACAGACACCUUUGACAUUUUGUCUGAAAGUGAACCCACCUUUUGUCAUGGUUAACCUUAACCCAGCCAGUAACACCGCAAACGCCACUAGAUCUCAUGAAACUGGCUUCCAUACUUUAAAACCAAGCCAUCACAUUAUGGUAAAGGUGGCUUUGCGCAUCACACCCACACUGCUGUCUGAGUAUCAAAUGACUUGCACAGAGAACGAAGGGAAACAACUGUCUACAGAGAAGAGCCUUGAGAUUAAUGAUGAUCUGAUUAUCGAAUUCAACAACUCAGCCCAGCAGAAAGUGACUCUGCGGGCAAAGGUAGCAGUGCCCAACAUGGUUUUGUCAUGCUCAGAACUGGAUUUUGGUAUCUGUCUUGUGGGCCAACGGCGUGAGCUGCAAAUAUUCAUUUCAAAUACCACAGCUUCUCACUGCAAGUGGUCUGCCAGCUUUGAGAGCAAGUCUGACACCUGUACACAGGACACCUUUCAGAUCAGUCCAACCCAUGGGCAGCUGGAUGCAUACAUCACUCACAUCAGCAAUAGCAAGACAUUACUCAGUGUCUACUUUACGGCAAAACAUGCUGAAACAUACGAGGCAGUGAUCCUCUUUGGUGGCGUUUUAGGAGAGUCAGCACAGCGUCUACAUUUACGAGGCCAAGGAUCCUAUGAUGGCAAGCAUGAGGCAAUACUCAAUGUCUGAUUGUUUCUUCACGCAUAACCUUGUAGCUUCGAAUUUCCAACACUUCAUGCAAGAGAAAAAAGUGAAAUGUACAAAUGAAACUGAUUCACAUUGAUCUUGAGAAUACAGAGGAUCAAUCUUUGGCCAUAUGGCUUCAGCAAAGAUCAGCACCUUUGAAGUUCAGGUUUGAGAAUGGUUUAUCUAACCAACAAAAACUGUUAAGCUAUGUGAGGCUGUUGCUGCUGUGAAGAUGUGCCCUGUUCUUUAAUGUGCACAGACUGGUCCCAAUGGGACAUGAUCAUCAAACACUAUGAGAGAAUGAAAAAUAACACCUUUACCUCUAUAAAUCUCUUCUUGUGGUUUUAUUGUAAAUCCUUCCUGGCAGAGUUAGUAAAUUACAGUUGCAAUAAAAUCUAUUGGAGCUGUUGCUCAUCAAGAUGUUAAUACAUUAACGCACAUGAGAACAUUACUGAUACAAUAAUUUUCAAACUAUUUAGUUUUAAUAAUACCAUAUUAAAAUAUAUAUGUUUAUACAAAGCAUAAAUGUAAAAUUAUAAUAAAA